AUGACUAAAGUUCAUUAUUGCAAACGUCCAGACAACAAUACAAAAUCGUGCAAGGCGCGUGGUUCUGACUUGCGUGUUCACUUCAAAAACACGCAUGAAACAGCUAGAGCGGUCAAAGGGAUGCCAUUGAAAAGAGCCAUUCGCUUUUUGGAGAAUGUUAAGGAAAAGAAGGAGAUUGUUCCUUUUCGUCACUUCAAUGGUGGUGUUGGACGAAAGGCGCAGGCUAAGGCUUGGGGUACGACUCAGGGACGCUGGCCAAAGAAGUCUGCGGAAUUUCUCUUACAACUCUUGCGGUUAAUUUUUUACAAUUUACACAUUUCUCACAUCAAUAUUUUUAGAAAUGCUGAAAGCAAUGCUGAGGUUAAAGGACUCGAUGUUGACCAUCUUGUGAUUGACCAUAUUGUGGUGCAGGCUGCGGCCAAAAUGCGAAGGCGCACAUAUAGGGCUCAUGGACGUAUAAACCCUUAUAUGAGCUCGCCUUGCCAUAUUGAAGUGAUUUUAACUGAGAAGAAGGAAAUCGUUUCUAAACCUGCUGGAGCAAUUGUUAAGGUGAAGAAGGAGUCUAAGAAAAAACAGCGACGACAAUUGGCCCGUGGCGAAUACUAA